AUGAGAGAAGAACAAUCUAUUGAGGCUGUAUUUUACAAGUUGGAUGAGAAAAGUAAGAAUGAAUAUCGAGUUCGGUUAAAUGCUUCAAUCGAUGUGGUCCAAUUUCUUCUAAAUCAAGGUUUAGCACUCCGCGGUCAUGAUGAAAGUGAAUCAUCCUUGAACAAAGGUAAUUUUCUUAAAGUACUUUCUUGGCUUGCAGAUAGAUGUGAUGACAUUAAACCUUAUGUGUUAGAAAAAGCUCCAAAAAAUAAUAAAAUGAUUUCUCAUGAUAUUCAAAAAGAUAUUGUGACCGCGUGUAAGAUUGAAACAAUCAAAGCUAUAUCAAAGGAUUUAGAUGGUGACUACUUUGCUUUGUUGGUUGAUGAAUCAAGAGACGUAUCACGCAAAGAGCAAAUGACUAUUUGUUUACGAUAUGUUGAGAAAAGGGAAUUUGUGAUGGAAACAUUUAUUGGACUUGUUCAUGUUAAAGAUACUAGUGUUUUAUCUCUGAAGAAAGCAAUUGUGGAUGUACUUGCUCACCAUUCUUUAACUUUAGCUUAUGUACGGGGGCAAUGUUAUGAUGAAGUAAGCAAUAUGAAAGGUGUGUUCAAGUAG